AUGUACCAGAGCCUGGCCAUGGCCGCCAGCCACGGCCCGCCGCCCGGGGCCUACGAGGCGGGCGGCGCGGGCGCCUUCAUGCCCGGCGCGGGCGCCGCGUCCCCGCCGGUCUACGUGCCCACCCCGCGCGUGCCGCCCGCCGUGCUCGGCCUGCCCUACCUGCCCGGCGGCGCGGGCGCGGCGGCGGGCGCGGGCGCGGGGGCCGGCGCGGGGGCCGCCCCGUCGGGCGCGGGGCCGGGGCCGCAGCAGGGCAGCCCGGGCUGGAGCCAGGCGGGGGCCGAGGGCGCCGCCUACACGCCGCCGCCCGUGUCGCCCCGCUUCUCCUUCCCGGGGCCCGGUGGCUCCCUGGCCGCGGCCGCAGCCGCUGCCGCCCGGGAGGCCGCGGCCUACGGCGGGGGCGGCGCGGCGGCGGGCGCGGGCCUGGGCGGCCGUGAGCAGUACGGCCGCGCCGGCUUCGCGGGCUCCUACUCCGGCCCCUACCCCGCCUACAUGGCCGACGUGGGCGCCACCUGGGCCGCGGCCGCCGCCUCCGCGGGCCCCUUCGACGGCCCCGUGCUGCACAGCCUGCCCGGCCGCGCCAACCCCGCCGCGCGGCACCCCAACCUCGUAGAUAUGUUCGAUGACUUCUCGGAAGGCAGAGAGUGCGUCAACUGCGGGGCCAUGUCCACUCCGCUCUGGAGGCGGGACGGGACGGGGCACUACCUGUGCAACGCCUGCGGCCUCUACCACAAGAUGAACGGCAUCAACCGGCCCCUCAUCAAGCCCCAGCGCCGGCUGUCUGCUUCCCGCCGCGUGGGCCUGUCCUGUGCCAACUGCCAGACCACCACCACGACACUGUGGCGCCGCAACGCCGAGGGCGAGCCCGUGUGCAAUGCCUGCGGCCUCUACAUGAAGCUCCACGGGGUCCCCAGGCCUCUGGCGAUGCGGAAAGAGGGGAUUCAGACGAGAAAACGGAAGCCCAAGAAUCUUAACAAAUCCAAGACGCCAGCAGGUCCCUCGGGCGGCGAGAGCCUUCCCCCCACCAGCAGCGCCUCCAGCAGCUCCAGCAGCGCGGCCGCCAGCAGCGGGGAAGAGAUGCGCCCCAUCAAGACGGAGCCGGGGCUGUCGGCCCACUACGGGCACAGCAGCUCCCUGUCACAGACGUUCUCGGUCAGUGCCAUGUCGGGCCACGGGCCCUCCAUCCACCCGGUGCUCUCGGCCCUGAAGCUCUCCCCACAGGGCUACGCGUCUUCCGUCAGCCAGUCGCCACAGGCCAGCUCCAAGCAGGACCCUUGGAACAGCCUGGCCUUGGCUGACAGUCACGGGGACAUAAUCACUGCAUAAUGCCACUGCCUGCCCUCCUUGGAUUCCUGCGCGACUUGGGACUUGGAGGACAGCAGAGCCGAGGUGCUGGCUCCCGCGGCUGGCCUGCUCUGUCUGGGAAUGACUCCAGAACAACUGGGAAGAAACUUGAAGUCACAGAUUGGGUCGGGGACGUGGGUGCGGGGCUUUAUCGGCUACUCCUCAAGGUGGGGGCUGGGAAGGGGUCGGACUCCCAUGGGGAGAGCCUGCCCUUCACCGUGGCCCAGGCGCCUUCCGCGGAGACUUCUUUCUCAUUUCUGCACCCAGCAAGAUGUCCUUCUCCGUGACCUUCCCGCCGCUGAGGCCCAAGAUGGUGGUUUCUCCAUGGCGUUCAGCGCCAGGAAUCUGAGGGGCUGGGACCCAGCUCCAGCCUGGGCCAGGGCCAGGGCCAAGGCAUCUGUUUGACGAGCAUUUGGGUGCCACAGGCCCCUUGGAAACCCAGCACUCCCCUUGGGACUCGGUGCUCCCCUGCGGCCUCCAUCCCAACCCCGACUCCACAAACACUGGGCAUAGCCCGUGAACUGACCGCUCGGUGGGGGCAGCGGCCCACUCCGCCCCCUCACAGCCCGGCCCGGGCAGCCUGGCUCGGCGAGUUCCUCCCCUGCUAACGGCCUCAUGCCCACGCUCCCCCCUUCACUCCUGAGGCCUCGGAGAUAAAACGCCUCCGCUGUUCUGAGUGACCCGCCCCCCCUCAGCAAAACAAGUUCGACUUCAGCCAAAAAGCACCCCCCAAUCCUCCCUCUUCCUGCCCCCCUCAUGCACAGGGAUUCCAGUGAGAGCCCGAAUGAAGAGUCCAUCGCUAAAGCGAGCGUGACCCUGGGCCGGUGCUAUGUGGGCGCAGGUCCGCCGACCCUGGCUCUGCACUCGGACCUCGUGGGUUCCCAGGCUCUGGAGCUGUGCCUGGCCGGACAGCACCUGCACCGCGGCCUUCUGCGGCAGAAGUCUUUUGUCCUGGAGGCAAAAAGCUCCGGAUUUUGCAACAUGAAUUCAAAGCAGACAAACCCAACAAAACUCAAGGAAAGAAAGACAAGGACUGAUAAGACACUGAGCGUGGGCCUUGAGGACUCUCCAGCUCUGCGCUAUUCUGGAAUGUUCUGGAAUUGGCUUUUUCUCCAUGUUGCUGUUUCUGCCUGUGAUGCUGAGGCCUCACAAAGACAACCCCCUCCUUCGUGUCCUGUCAUCGGCAGAGCCUUGGCAGAUGAUGGCCUUACUGAGUCCUGCCCCGAACACCCACCCCCACCCAGAAGCCCUCCUGGCUGUAGCAGAGAAUAUCCUUAAACCCAGAUUCUGUUUUAAUCACCGUGUACAUUGUUCUCUUCCAUGAAGGCCACCCUCAUGUACCGCCCCUAACCCACAAACCUGUUAACAUUGUCUUAAGGUGAAAUGGUUGUAAAAUCAGUAUUUAACUAAUAAAUUUAUCUGUACUCCUUUCGCCCGCCCCUCCCCGAGGUCUUUACUCCGCCUCUCGUGCUCCCCCUGCAGGCCCCCGAGGCCCCGGCCCACCCGGGCAGGCUGCGUCCUGUCUUUUCCUCUGUUCAGUUUUGGCGGCUGCUCCUGACGGGUCGAGACCGGAGCAGCUCACCAGGGCCCUUGUGGCCAGGCACGAGCAGGGACCCUGGGUUCCUGCCAUUUCUCCUUCCAGAUUCCAUCCAAGCAAGCCCCGAAGGGGCAAGUCAAGCCUCAGCAACGGAAGAGGAGCGUCUUCCCGUGUAUCCAGUUUAUCUUCACCUUCUCGGGCGAGUCUCGCUCACCCGCCUCAGCGCAGCAGUGGGGCGACGGCACACACUGGCCCCCAGGCCCCCUGGCCCCGAGCCUGUGGAAUGGACCAGGAAGCAGGUCGGCCCCCUUCGGAGCGGUUCCUCUGGCUUUUGGCCUCCCAGCUGGCCCCUGCGAGGGGUCUCUGGCCCUCACAAAAGCCCUGUUAUUUUUGAGCAGGUAAGAAAAAAACCCCAAGCACCAUUCUUUCCUGGAAAAGCACAGCAGCUUUUCACCCACUGAGGACUUGCCCAGCCGCACCGGGUCGCUGCCCGCCAGAGGCCGAGGCCCAGAGGCCUCCAGCUGCCAACAGCAGCCAGCGGGGUUUAUGGCAGCCUCAGCAAGGGCACAUUCUCAAGAUUGGCUCUUUCCUGACGUGACGUUGUGACUUGUGCUCCCCCUUCCUUUGCGCCCCCCAUCUUCAUGCUCCCCCAAAUCUAGCUUCAGGUGGCGGCCGCUUGGGAUAGGAUAUGGUAAAAGAGGCAAGUCCCAGAGGGUCGGGCAGUGGUCGGGUGGGGAGCAGGUAGUGUUGCCUGGCCCUUAGAACAAAGGUCUGGCCGCUAAGGGGCCAGUCGCAUGUGUCCCGGUGGGGGCUCCCGCAGCCCAUCACAGUCUCCCCUCGCCUGUGAGGAGCAAGGGGAGUCCAGCUGUUGGGCGUUGGAAGGCCAGCGCGGGUUUGCUGAGGUUGCGACUGGCUUGGGUUGACAGGAAGUAGGUUCUCCUAACAGGCACCGAAGGGAACUGGGGUGAAUAUUAUUUGGGUGAGAUCUGCCCCCCAGAACUAGACAUGCCGACUGGGAUACUGAGUGUGUGAGAGACCGCUGUCUGGAAAGCUGCUUUUGAAGUGGAGGGGGUUGGUGUGGGGUUUUUUGUUUUUUUUUUUUAAACAUUUUCUGAUACUGGAAAAUCGACUCUUCCAAUUCUCUUUUUUUCAUUUAUAAAAUAGCUUAUUAAAGUAACAUUAGUUUACAACACUAUGAUUUUGGGGUGCAGGUUCACACCUCUUCAGAUGAACAUUAUCGCACCACACCCGCCACCGAAGGCCCCCACAAUCCUUCACCCGGGACCCUUGGGUCUCCUCUCUCCUUUGCUCACAUCCACCCCCUUCUGGUAGCUUCAAUUCUGUAGUCAGAUUUCUUGGGUUUGUUUUGGUUUAGUUUACUUGUCUUUCUGGAAGAGGAAGCAAACUGAACCCCACUAGGGAAAAGGACACCGGGAUGGUGAGACCAUGCUGGACACUUACAGGUCACGAGGGGUCCCUGAGACCCUCUGCUCCCAGCCCUCCUGCCCACCUUCAUCCAGGGACCUGCCCCGCCCCUGCCUGCACCACCCUGCUGGGGAGGCCAGAGGUGCUGUCCUCGCCGUUGGGCUGCUCACCGCGCCCCGUGCUCCCGCCUCCCCGCCUGCAGCCAGGUUUUCAAGCGAGAGGAGACCAGCCCGGAAACUGCGGGCGGAAAGUACCAGGUCGCCGCGCGGCAGGCCUGCUCGUGGCUCUGUGUGUCCACAGGAAACUUCCCCAGCAUGUCACUGCUGUGCUGGGUAACACCGCACUUGUUAUGGGACCUUCCAGAGCAGAAAGGUUCUGGCUCAGCCCAGGCUCAGGUGAGGGCUGGCAUUUUUCAGGUGGCAUUUUUUGCAUAGUGUGCAAUAUUGUGUUUUAGACAUGCUACUGCUACAGUGGCGUUCAUAGGCCACGAUACAGUGUAAACACAGCUGUGUAAGUGCUGGGAGCGCAAAAACGCCAUGACUUUAUUGCAAUAUUGGCCGCCUGUCUGAUCCUCCCAACCAGAGGGAGGCCCAUGGAUGGCGUGUGACUCGCUGCAGGUCUCAGAGUACAGUGCAGGGGCAGGAUUCAAACCCUGUCCCUUUGCCCCCAGAAUAUGGACUUGCACCUCCUCCCUUCCCGCCUCCACCGUAAAGCGUAGAAAAUCCACGCAGCCCAAGCCCGGUCUCCAUCUCAGAUGAAGACUUUGGACUUCUUCCCGGGCCGGCGACUCCUGGGUUCCAUAUUCUCCCCAUUUUCAGACUCCUUAAGGAAGGACGUGGACACACUGGAGAGCGCCGUCCACUUGCCACAGACCCCAGAGCCUCUCUCAGGGCUGCUGGAGACAGGACCCCAGCCCGCGUGGCUCAGAGUCCCCCAGCUUUCCCUGGCCACUGGACUCCUCACUCGGCCCUUCACUCCUUUGCCCGCUGUCUGGGGGAGGCUGUGUUUUAACCCAUCUCCGCGUGCACUAUAAUCUCAAUCCUGCCGGGGCCAUCGGGGCACGACGAAGAGGCAGGAAUUGGCCGCAAGGAGCACAGAAAGUGGGUCGGCGGCCCGCUGCGGAGCUGACCCCAGGCGCCUGCGGACCCUGAGUGGCCCCAUCCAUGGGGAGGCGAACAGUAACAACUGCCGUGUGCCAGGCCCUCUGCAUCAGCUCCACAAAUCCCACAGCCGCCGGCAAGGUGGCACUUCGCUGCCUUUUAUGGAUAAAGACCCAGGUUGCAAAAAUUCAGUCACUCGCCCAAGCUCUGCUUGCUGAUUGUUGAGAUGGGACCCAGGUCGUCCGAGGCGGGACUAGAUCUUCCCUGCUGUUCUCCAGAGUCACUCUUCCAGGAGCUGGCCCUGUUCCAGCAGAGCCCCAUGUCACGAGAGAGCAAGGAUAGCAUGCGCUGGCGCAGCACUCCACAGGUUGUGUUCCACAGCUGGUAUUUAAUCCUUCAUUCAACAAAUACAUACCGAGUGUCCCUGCUGCCAAGCACGGUGUACCGGGUCCCUGCCCCCAGGCAAGUCCCUUCCUUCCCGCAUGGGGCUGCUGGAAGGGCAGAGCCAGGCAUGGCCACUGCAUGUAAACAAGACUUGCCAGCUUUGCCAGGUGAUUCAAAUGCCUGCUUUGUAACAUUUCCGUAACACCGUGGAAAGAUGCCCCAUGCCAACGCUGUGGCUUGUCUUCCCGCGGGUAAUGCUCAGGCCACAUCUCUGUGGGGCCAGCAAGUCUUGCACACAGCAGUUAUAGGAGACACCGGUGCCCCCUGCAACCCACCUGCCUUCUCAACUAGCGCGUUGGCUCAGCAGAGGCCUCAUUCCAGUAAGUGAGGCCAGGGUUGGGGCUAAGCCUGCCCCCCCCCAACUAGUUACAGAACAGGCUCAGGGGCCCUGUAAAUGUUUCCUUGGGGCCCUGCCCCUCCUAUAAUGGGAGGCAUCCAGGGGUGGGGAUGUGGUUCUGGCAUGUGUGGGGGAGGCAGGAAUGCGAAGAUCUUUUGCCUGGAUCCCUCCUGCUCCCCGGCCACCGGAGGAGGGUCCCACAUGGCGCGCA